AAUUCUCACCGGUUCUCUUUUGUUAUUGCCGCUGCAUUAAUAUUUGGAUGGAGUGCAUGCAUUAGGGGAUUUGCAGCCAGCUAGCAAAUUGCUACCUGUUGUCUGUGUCUCCCUCCAGACACACACACACACACCACACAACCAAGCACACAAUGCAUACAUAACACAAUAGAGUGAUACUAAACAAUUCUGUUGCGUGUCUGUCUGGCCAGCCAGCCUGCCUGCCUGGCUGCCUGCCUCAGUGGUACUAGUGGUGCUGGUGCGGUUAGGGGCUGCUGAACUUUAAUCAUUCAAUCGUUGGAGCUUGUACCAACAGGUCGUGCUCUCUCUCUCUCUACCUGCCCGAUUCUUUCAUUGGCGCUUACUGACUCGGACUGUCAAGUUGUUUGAUCUAUCUGUUAUACCUUCGCUCUUUCAACGAGCCCACAGGAUAUGGGCAUUUAUUGAGGAUCGUCUAUUUAAUGCUGUCAAUAAUCAGAGAUAUAUAAUUGAUGGAUGGUUUUAUUAGCGGAUCCUGCUCUAAUCUACUUCAAUUUGAAUCUCAAAUUUUCCUGACAACAGACGAGAAGAGAACGGUGACGUUUGCCUAGGAGAAGGGUAUGUCCCAGCAAAUCAACUGAGGGAGCAUCAUGUACCCCUUCCACCCAUCAGAUGGGAUAGUCACACUCUGACGCUAGACCUUACUAGAACACCAGGAUUCACCAACGGGUAUCUCUCUCGUCGAAACGAGGACACUGUUAAUUAUCUAUCAUUAUCGUCUUGUGAGAGGAGGAGUAGGAGAAGCAACCGAAGACGUCGGUCACCCGGAGACGGUCGAUCAGGAGAUAGUGAUCAGUCAGGGAGGAGGCGUAACAGGAGCAGGGGCAACGCCCAGACUCUACCCUUGCCAGGUCGGACGGCUAUGGGCAUGCAGGCCCCUCUUAGGACUAGUGCUUGUCUAGAUGAUAGACGAGGUAUGAUCGAAGAACGCAUCGUUACCGGGGCCAGUUGUGAAGCUAUUCUACCAAAUACAGUUGAAAAUAUGUGGGCUCGUAUUGAAAGUAGGAGUGCAAACGUACGAUCAGUUGGAAACCAUACUAAUGGGAUAGGGAAUGGAAAUGAAGAGACCAUCAUGGAUAGGCAAUACGACAGAUCUGAAGGAAAUACUGUGUUAGAUAACAAUAGUGAGAGGACAGAGGAUAGCCAUAAAACAAGCAGUACCUCCACCAGUCCACUGCAGAACCGUAGUCCUCCUAGUGAGCGCAGUCCCUCGGGUAGCAGCGAGAGGCUUACAGGAGGUACGGCAAGCAGCAGCAGUCGUAAUACACGCACAUCGUCCAGCACCCAACGACGUCAACGCAGACGCAGGUCCUCCGAUCGUCGUAUGAGGACCUCAUCAAGCAACUACAGCACGUCUUCCACCGACCAUAGCUCAAAGAGCAAUGGAGGCAUCAGACAAACUGCAAGAGCCAGACAGCAACAAUUGUUCAGCACAAGCUCAUCAAGCGAUAGCGACGACAACACUCCACAACGCCCUCGCAGACUAAUAGCACGCAUGGGAAAUGGAGGUGUAACACAUGAGGUAGAUAAACAGGGUCAGAGUGGACAGUCAAAUGGACCAAGUCGUUCAAGGAGACACACACGUGGGUCUAGGAACAGACAGAGACCUGUCAGUGCCCAGCCUACUGUAGGUAGACAGUCUCUUCCUCAGUCACAGACUACCGCUAAUGCUAAACCAAAUGCCAGACCUGGGACGUGUCAUGAAAGAAACAAUGCAACUCAUGGUUUGAGUCCAUCCAGUAUUCAGUUCAAUCAGCACGGUAGGGUCAAGCAAAAGAGACCAGAUUCCCUGGACUUGAAGCUCAUAUGGAGCUCACAUAGGGGUUACAUUGGCCAUCAGAACUCAUUGUCCACUAGUUCUUCCGCUGAUUCUUACGAUCCUUGGAUCCCUAGGGAUGGUGUGACCAUUGCUACGAACAAGGAGAAGUUAACUGUCAACAUGGCUGCUAGUGAAUCGAAGCGCUCUAAAGUGCCUCAGGCAGCGCCCUCUUGCAUUAAAAAGAAACAACUGCAUCGCAUGUCAGAGGGCAAGAACCACCCUAGGAACAAUCUACCGGCAUCGCUCCAACUACCUGAUAACAAUACCCGUGUCAGGAUCAAUCCGACUUGCAAUGAUAACGGAGUCAUGGCUGAAAUGGGGCUUCCAUCUAGCAAUAUUGAGAGGGAGCAUGCAACACCCGAAAAAGACAUUGACACCACAGAGUGUUGUAAUGUGACAGAAAAUGCAACAAAGGACCGUCCAAAGUCAAUGGUGGAAUUCAACAACGAUACUAGCACGCUUGUCUCUGAAAUCCUGAGCCAUGCUGACGGUGAUUUCUCACCCGCUGUCAAGUCUGUUCUUCAGGAUAUCCACAGUGUGAUUGAGAAUGACGAUCAAUAUCUAAGUGAACUCUGGCAGAGUGCCUGUAUCCUCGAUACGUUUGCCAGUAAAUGCACGCACCAGAGGAACUCUUUACAGAAUGGCGUUGUGCGCUUCAAGGAUAACAGAGAGCAAGACAACGUGGAGACCACGGUCUCCAAGUCUGAGCAGAUGAAGUUCCGUCAUAGCUGUCCCGACGCCGAUGAUAUGCAGAGACAAGCGGAGAAGAUGCUGAGCGUAUCCCGGGCGGAGCUUGUCAAAAGCCUGGAAGGUGCUCGAGAAACCAUCUUGUAAUGCACAGGUGCAUGCAGAUAUCGUUAUCAUGAAGAACAUUGUUUCCAACCAACGAGUUAGGUCGCUUCCAUCUCAUCAAAGACACACCAUGCUUCCUCAUCAUUGCAAUCAUUUAUUAUAGGAGGAGAGUGGAUCUGUUGAGUUGAUCAAGAUAUUAUUUUUAAUUUAUAUAGGAAUCAAAAAAGUAAUCAUGUGGUGUAGAAAUUGUUUCAUACAUGUACAUGAUAAAUCUUUAGGUCGUUUAAUUGUGAGCAAAAAAGUAGAUUGUAGUAUACCAAGAGGAAAGAAGGUGAUGGAUAAAUGAAGAUUCCAUUUGCUUUUGCGACUGGUCGUUCUACUUUACGUUUCAUUCCAGAAUUUGUUUGAUUUGAAAUUAUUUUUCAAGCAUGAUCGAAAAAAGAGAAGGGGUGUUAGUUACAAGUAGACUCCAGUAUCUAUUGUAAUGACAUGAUUAAUUUCCUGUGAGGCUGCAUAUUAUUUGUGUUUGAAAAGGAACUUAAAUGUUGUGAUUCUGUUGUUGUAGGUGCAUUCAGAUUCUGAUUCUGCUGUAUGUAACGUCCAUUGAACUCAAUUCAGAGAGUAAUAUUCAACUCAAUUGGCUAUGCAAUUUGAUUAGAUUGAUAGUGUUUUUGACAUUUGCUGAGUAGCUUAAUCUCAUGAUGCAUGAAUGUGAUUGAAAACCAAAUGAAGAUAGAGUAAUCUGAUUCUGAUCUUCAACGAGAACUCUGAGGUUUAUAUGAUCAGAACUGAUCAAUUGAUUAAUCCUGUCUAUAUCUAUUAUGUCCUGAACUCUCCUUUCUCUCUCUCUCUCUCUCUCUCUCCCUCUCUUUCUUUCUCUCUUUCUUUCUCUUUCCCUUCUCUCUUUCUC